GGUCUGGGUACUCCAAAACUUCAUUUUCGGAUCCUUCGUUUUGCGUAAGAGGCUUCGAGCUAACUAGAUGUUAGCUCUUGGCAUUGGCUCACAAGAGAUCACAACAUUGGUGGAGACGAUGACAGAAUCGAGCUUGGAUCUACAGGAAUCAGGUUGGGAGGAGCUUCGGAGAGAAGCUCGCAAAAUCGAAGGCGAUCUCGACGUUAAGCUCUCCUCUUACGCUAAACUCGGCGCCAGAUUCACUCAAGGCGGGUAUGUUGACGCCGGGUCUCCAAGAUCAUGGAAGUCCAUGGAGAUUGAGAUUCAAUCUUCGCUUGAGAAGCUGUUGGACAUUAACGAUUCCAUGAGUAGAUGUGCUGCGUCUGCUGCACCUACAACCUCUGUUACUCAAAAGCUUGCAAGGCACAGAGAUAUACUUCAUGAAUACACUCAGGAGCUUCGAAGGAUAAAAGGAAAUAUAAACUCCAUGAGAGAACAUGCUGAGCUUUUGAGUUCUGUCAGGGAUGACAUUAGUGAAUAUAAGGCUUCUGGUAGUAUGUCACCAGGUGUGCAAGUCUUAAGGGAGAGAGCUUCAAUCCAUGGAAGUAUUUCUCAUAUUGAUGAAGUUAUUGGUCAAGCUCAAGCAACAAGAGCAGUUCUUGGCUCUCAACGAUCUCUCUUUUCAGAUGUUCAAGGGAAAGUUAAAAAUCUCGGAGACAAAUUCCCAGUCAUUCGUGGCUUACUUGGUUCAAUUAGAAGAAGACGUUCUCGGGACACACUUAUCCUCUCUGCUGUGAUUGCUGCUUCUUUAAAAGUUCGAGAACACACACAUUUUUAACAAGAUCAAUCCAUGUGACAGCAGUCAGCUUACAUUUACGUCCGCUCAGGUUAUAAAAUCUAAGGGGUGGGGACACACUUCACUGAUGAUGAUGAUCCAGUCCUUAUGUUUGUCUCACUACUCAUGCCCUACAUAUAGUGUCAAGAAAUGUUAAUUAGUUUGUUCAUACUGGUUUAGAGAUAUUGUGGUGGUCCAGAGCCUUUAUAUGGACUUGGUCCAGCCUUGUCAGGGCCAGGGCCAAGUCAAUUUUUCUAUGUAAAUUAAAUUAUGCUAGAAAAAAAAAAUUGUAACCCUAAAGAAAUUGUCAAUGUGUAUGUCUAUCAGAAGCAUAUAGUCUCGUGUAACAUCUGUAUUUAAAUAUAGAUCAAUGAUUAUUGAUUAAGA